AUGCCCGUUCUCGACGCUCAUAGCGGCGCCAAAGUUCUCGUCACUGGCGUCAACGGAUACGUUGCAACAGGUGUCGCGAAGGAACUACUUGAACAAGGAUUCUCUGUUCGCGGGACAGUGAUUGUGGACGAUAUCACAAAGGAAGGAGCCUUCGAUGAAGCGGUGAAGGGUGUGGAUGCAGUCGAGCACAUGGCCUCUCCUCUUCCUGGAAAUCUAAAGGACGAAGAUCCUGAAGUCUACAUAAAGCCAGCUGUCGAAGGAACCUUGAGCAUUUUUAAUAGCAUUUUGAAGCAUGGAAACCAGAUCAAGCGAGUUGUCUUGACGUCUUCAAUUGGCGCCGUCAUGCCUCCACUUAGGUCUCAAACAACCCUAAAUGAAGACAACUGGGCAGAAGAAUUCGUAGACAUUGUGGGAAGGCGCGGAAGGGAUUCUUCAAGCGUGGAGAAGUAUAUCGCCUCAAAAACGCUUUCCGAGAAAGCGGCUUGGGACUUCUACACGCAGAAUAAAAAUCAAAUAGCAUGGGAUCUCGUUGUCCUAAACCCUGCCAAUGCUUUAGGUCCCCAAUUUCAAGAUUUCAAGAGUUUGAAUGAGCUCAGCCGUUCCGUUCAAGUAUGGUACGAAUUUGUAGCGAUGGACCAGCCGGAGGAAUAUCUCCAGGCAACACUGUCAUAUGUGGAUAUUGGUGACGUUACUCUUGCUCAUGUAGAAGCUUUAAAGAAGGAAGCUGCAGGUGGGCAACGGAUAAUCUUGUCUUCAGGGUGCAUGACAUGGCAAGACGCCAGAAACGAUCUGUUUAUGCGCAAACCGGAGUACUAUACUUCCGGAAUCCUGAAGCGAGGAAACCCAGAGUUAAGGGGAAAAGUCAUGUUUACCUUCAACUCAACCAAAGCUCAGGAUAUACUCGGUAUCAAGUACAGAACAUGGGAUGAAACGAUGGCUGCCACCAUGGACGAGUUUGAAAAGAGGGGUUUUUUCGCGUAA